GUUGAAGGAGCCUGGAGAACUUAAUUGUAGCACCGACCACUUUAAUGUUGCGAUUCUCAUUUUCCGACAACUACACCAACAUAUGAUACUUUGACGGCUCGCGACAAGAUGGCCGCCUUCUCGGCCAUCAACGUCGAACCGGAGGAGAACAUCGACGAGGAGGUCGACACAACGAAGGACCUUCAAGUCGACGAUGCCCUCAAGCUCUUCCAGAAUGCCCUCAAACUCCAUUCGCAAGGGCCCCAGUCCUUCGACCAAGCUGCCGACGCCUACGAUGCGCUAUUCGAAUCCGAGAUCUUCAAAUACCCAGAGAGCAAGACCGACUACGAACGUUUUGAAGCAGGACAAGAUGGUAACCUCGCUAUUGAGCCCGCUUUCGCCCAAGGCCUCCCCCCUGUCGGCGCAGAUGUCGACGGGAUCGGCAGCAGUCUUCCCCAAGCACUCUACUUGUCUCACAAAAACCACGGCCAGUUCGUCAUUGACCGUAUCAAACAUACGAGUCGUAAUCUCAAACGGAAAAGGGAGCCACUCCUCGAAGACGCCGGGGCGCAGAAGGACGCCCAGAGGGCCUUGGAGGACUUUUGUGCAGCACUUGAUCGCGACCCCUCGGACGCCGAACUCUGGAGGAAGGCUGCUCGGGUUGCCGCAUUUCUGAAGAGCGCACGCAUCAACCGCUAUAGCCUGGAAUCCGCCAUCGAGUUAGAGGAUGACCCGGCUGUCGAGGAAGUCGAUCCGCCAUCACUGGCUGAGGGGUUCGCUGGCGAGCAGCUCAAGCAACAGCUCCAGGUCCUGGGCGACAAAAUGGCGCUGAGCCACCCGAUCAUGGCACCAUUCGUGCAUCGGGAGAUGCCCCCGUACUUGGCUCGGUUUAUGGACCCAAUGCCAUUCCUACCAGACCCCACCAAAAGUCUAGCUGUCAAGGGACCGCAGAAUACAGAAAUCGAUUCUCCCCGCCUUGUCCUUCCAAUCUCAACACCGUCCUGGUCCGAAUUAGGCGCUGCCAUUGUGCGCUUCGUCGCAGAGGAGGGGCUUGCGGGCCAAGCCGUUCUGAUCCAGCUACCCGAUACGAGCGAACAAGAGGACGUCCAGAUGGAGGUCGACAUGCAACUACAACCCCAGGAGCCUUCCCCGCAAUCAGAUGCGCCAAACGAAGUGGUGGAGACAGAAGAGGCGAUCGCAGAACAGCCGGGCGAGGAAGCAGCGGUCGAAGAAUCAGCGUCUGCGCCAGCACCGGAAUCCGACCCAACGGACGAGCAGGCAUCCAAGGACCCCAGUACUUCCGCCUCGACGAGGAAACGCUCCCAGUCGGCGGCUGGCAUCCCCGAUACCCUUGAAGACGAUGCUGCGGAUGUGAAGAGGAGUAAGCGAACCAGACGCAGGGACACCGCUGUGGAAGAGGUCAUGGAUUCCGCCACUUUUCUCGCGAGCCAGCUCCAACCACUACAGGCUGCCGAUCAAAAUUUGUUUCAGACCACCAAGAAUCUUUUAGAAAACCUUGGUGUAACAGACCAGGUAACUCUCGGGAGGAUCGCCGAGGUGCUCGACUCCUGUGCCGCCGAUGAUCGGACGGGCAAGAUUCAAAACCAGGCCACGGUUGAUCUUUGUGAUUCGAUAACACACUUCGAUGACGAUACCGGAGCCGUAUUGCUGAGCAAAAGGGAGCUACCUCAGCUCAGUCUCUCUGCCUUUCUGGAGCAUGCAAAGACGGGAUCACAACGGGCUCAGGAGACGCCUGCGUUUGACGAUUCCCGGGGCCUGAGGAGCUUUGUGGAGGACGCCAACCAAGGCUGGAAUACCAUACAUGACGUCGCCUACAGAUAUGUGAAAGUCCUGGUUGGGACCUACACCGAGUACAAAUGGUCAGACCAGUUGAGAACGGCCGUGAUAGACCUCGCCAGCCGUCUGGAAGGGAGCAUCUACGACAGCUUCACCCAUGACCUCGAUCUAUCUCCCAAAGAUGGACAAGGGGAAGCAAUCAAUGAGCUCGCAGGUUUCGCCCAAACCCUCUUCGAGCUUCACCUUGACGACUACGAUCACAUCAUGGAUCCUAACAGUGCCGCGGAUCAAGACACAAGGCUAGAAGCAAAAUGCCGAGUGGCUAGGUGGAUGGAUAUGGCUAGCGAGAUCACCAGACUCCGAAACCCGCCACCGGAUGACCCUAUCACGCUCCGCUUUCUCUGGGCGUCCGUGGCCUCGACUACGAUGGCCAAAGGCACACCAAGAGACCACGUUCUUAACUGCUGGCAUAGCCUGCGUGAGUUUCUUGCCGGGUCUGCUACGGCGGAAGUCAACCUCGCCAACAACACUACCAUGCCCGAAAUAUCAACGGCUGCUGCGGAACGCGAAAUAUCCAAGCUGACAACAAUGGAUUUCUUUCUGGGUCUGUUUCAGGAAGACAGUGGCAACCCAGUAGCCGUCGUGGAGAGUUUGGAGCCCGUCCUGAACCCAGAGGGCGUCUACAUCACCAUACCCGCCACCCUUAAACAAGCCGAGGCUGGCGGCGAUAUUCCCAAUGACAAGCAAGGGAAGCUGCCUAUCGCAGAGUGCGCCAGCCAGGAGCUGACAGACCUGUGGAAGUUCCUUAAAAGCAGCAAUACGGAGCUGCGACUGCUGCUAUGGUCCAGGCUCGGCGAGGCUUACGGCAAGAUUCAGUAUACCACCAAGCAGUUUUCGUGCUUCCUCCGGAGUAUUGAGACUGUCGUAUCGGACCUGGAGAGCGACGACUACAGUCACUCUCCUGAUGAACCGAGGAGAAACCAGUUCAUGAGUCUGCUAAAAGCACUCGACGACCUCAUCAUCCAAUCUCUGCACCUGGCCUUGAACGACAACAGCUCCUUCGACAUAAUGGAUGAUGACCACUUGAGGUCGAGCAUGUCUGCUCUUGCCAAGGUCAGCUGUAUGUUGCAUGUAGCCGCAAUGUUCGAAGACGAGACGCGCAUUGGCAUGAAGCCUGCAAUAUCGAGCACCUCAGGCCUAAGGUCAUUCCUCAACAAGCUCCAGGAGAUGCAAGUACGGACAUGGUCUCUCCAGUACACCAUGCUGAAGGUCGGACUGAACCAGCAUCCCGAGCUAUUCCCAAAGCCCGAAAACGAUCUCGCCGAUUACUUGGCCGCGGUGCACCAAGUGUUGGGACUUCGCAAGUGCUGCAAAUCAUCCAACAAGAUCUUCCUCAAGAUGAUGCGCGUAGAGCUUCUGAAGCAGAAGAACAUCGAUAACUGGGAAGACUACCUUGGCCAGGUUCUCUACGAUCUGCACGGCCUGAAGCUCGGGGUGGGAAUCUGGGAGGUGCAAGACCACGGCUGCGAGCCUGAAAACCUGGAAAAACGUCAAGCGCUGCAGUUGGUCGGCAAGGUCACCAUGCUGGCCAACAGGAUGUCGAUGAAAGACUUGCUGAAGUCGGAUCUCAAAACGACCAUCGAGCGGAUGCAGCAGGCGAUUGGAUCUGCCAAGUCAAGCCCCCAAAUGGCCCACAACCUCCGCAACUAUUCCGAGUACCUCAAAGCGCCGAUCCACCCGCUACAUCUCUAUCAGGCGUUGACGGGCAGCGUGGAUCUAGACGCUGUCACUAUCAAUACCCCCGAGAGCGUUCCGGCCAAGCAAGGCUGGUUCUUCCUUCUUGGGAUGAUUGCUCUCACCAAGUUCAAGGGCGUCGACUUGAACCGGCGACAGACGCCGGGGGCUACUGAUGACCUGCGCAUCGGGGCCACGUUCUUGCGGCUGCAGCUCCAGUACACGCCGGACCGCUGGGAUGCCUGGUUUCGCCUGGCCGAGUGUUUUGACUACGAGCUGGAUGAGUCAGUCCUGUGGACUGCCGACAAGAUGAAUAAGGAGCGCGCCGAGCUCGUGAGGUUCCAGCGGAAUGCCAUCCACAGCUAUAUCAUGGCGCUGUCCCAUUCGUACGCGUGGGCGUCGGACCCUGCGGUCCUUACCUCCUUAGAGGACGACGAGGAAGCGCUGUACGACAUGUUCCACGAAUUCGGGAUGCGCAUGUACUCGUCAAGCCGGAGCCCGUUUGCCAUGGAGCCCUUCCAGCACGCUGACCAGAACCGGUUUUUCAUCGAGGCCGAGGGUGCGGGCACGUUCAAGAGGAUCCUGCACAACGAAAUGACAGACUAUCAAGUUUGGAAGUUUGCGGCUCAUCUCUUUAGGAAGGCGAUGGUGGGAAAACCCAAAGAUUGGAAGAACCCGUACAUGGUUGCCAAGUGUCUCUGGAAGAUGUACCAAAAGCCUCCAGAGGAACUUGACGAGAAGAACCGCCUGCGUCGUCCGACCGUCCAGACCGUCCUUGACGCGCUCGAGAAGACAAUUGCAGUUGUCUCGUCGCUACCAAAACCCCGGCACGGUCAGGAUCCGACUUUGGAACCGCACUACAAAAUCGUGUCGGUUAUGCACAAGCUCGUCAUGCGAGGCGAUAUCGAGACCCAGGCGGCCGCAAACGUUCUACAACGCCAACCAUACGCACCAAACCGUGGCCAGGAAGUGACCGUCGUCAAUGCCGAGGACUGGGAAGAGUAUGUGGUGCGAUGCUUGAAGCAUUUGCGCGAUAAAGACAAGUCGAACUGGCAACACCGCAUCAUCAUGCGCCACGCGCGCAUCCUGUUCGACGAGGAUACCGACCCUAGCGAUAGCGGAAGUUCGGUUGCCGCCAAGUCCGCUUUCAACGUACUACGAGAAAGUAUGUUCACCAAGACCAUGGUAAUGAACGUGUGGAAGUGCGACGCCGAGCGGCCGGGCCGCCACCACGUUUACACGGAGCAGUACAUCCGAUACAUGGUCCGGGUGCUGGACGUCAUGAAAGAUCGUGUCAGCCUCGAGGCCGUGCUUCGCCGCAUUCGCAAAAAGGGCGCCGACUUUUACCACUUUAACGAAAUGUGGCAGUUCGGCGUUCUGGCCUAUGUCAAGCUCCUCCGUCGGACCUUCGAGGUGCCUCUCACGUCCGAGGACGCCUUCAAAGCCCUCAGCCAGGAAGAUUUCGACGCGGUGGGCGAAAAGAUAACCAGCUGGUCUACCACGCCCGCGGCAGAGGACAACGCCGCCCUCACCGCCAUGAAGGAGGCUGUCGAACUCAAAAAGCUGAACUCCAACCUCAUAAAAGCGGGCCCCAUCGACGAUCUCAUCACGGACUGCUACGCGGCCAUCUACCUACACGUCAAACCCGACCUGCUAGACCCCGACCAACAACAGAAACAACUCCCCCACCACCCCGCAGAGGACAGCGAAUCCAAACCCGACACCACCAACAGCAACAACAACCCCAAAUCCACCAACCUCCUCCUCCACGCCCUCAUCACCCGCGACAAAGACAAGGACCCCUCCCCCUCAGCCCUAAGCUCCCUCCGCGCGGGCUCGGAGCAGCCCGACCGCGACAAGUCGGAGCGGCACUCCCUCGCCGGCGACGCCCCGCCGCGCGCCGCCGCCGCCUCCUCGGGCCGCACCGGCGGCGGCAUCCGCCGGCCCAACAUCCUGCGCAAGGCCGAGCAGGCCGUCCAGGCCGUGCUGCGCGCCGCCGAGGUGCCGCCGCGCUCGGCGGGGGGCGGGGCCGGGAACGGGGCCGGCGCCGCGGGCGCCGCUAAGGCUAGGUCGAGGGUGGGUAGUGUGUCGAGUGCCCUGGCGGGGGCGCGCGCGGCUGGGAGUGGGGAGGAGAGUGGGGAGGAGGAGGCGGAGGAGGGGGAUGUGGAGAUGAAGGAUGUGGGUGAUGAGCGAGGGGCGGGUGGUGGUGGUGGUGGUGGUGGUGUGGCGGGGGUUGUGGCGCGGAGGGCGACGCUGAAUGGUGGUGGUGAUGGUGGUGGGGAUGGGGUGGAGGAGGGCAGCGAUAUCUCGAGCCCGCCUGGUAGUGUGCAUGACUCGGCGGAUGAUGAGAGUGAUCUCAGUGACGUGCCGGCGGACUAUGAGGAUGAUAUCCCGCCGUCGCUGUUGUUUCCGAAUCUGAGGCGGAGUGUGGAUGCUGGGACGGUGAAGGGGCCGGCGGAUGGGGAGAGUACGGAGGAGGAGAGUGGGGAUGAAGUGGAGGAGGGGGAGGAAAUGGAGCAUGAGCAUGAGCAUGGGCGUGGGGAUGAAGGCGAGCAGGAGGGGGGGCAAGGGGAAGAGGGCGGAGAAGCUGAGCUGGAGGAAGAAGGUGGGGCCGGCGAGGAAGAUGGCGGAGAUGAUGAGAUCGGGGAGGAUGAAGAAACGGAGGAAGAGCAUGGGGACGGCGGAGAGGGGCCGGAAGAGGGUGCUCUGCCUGCACCACCAGGCCCGGUAGCAGGAGACGCUGAUGCCACGGAGGAGGAAGAUGAAGAGGGUGAGGAGCUUGAGGAGGAGGACGAGCAAUGAGUUUAGUUUUGGCAAACUGGACACAUACACGGUAUAUGGUUAUCGCUUUGCGGGAACGGGUUCUCAGCAUCCAUCGUCAAUGGGAGAUGGUUUCGUUCUACGGAGUUUCCGGGGCGGACUGUUGUCACCACAGUCUAAAAGGCGUUCCGGCUUUGGAAUUGGAGUACCAGUGCCCACCAAACAAACAUGGUUCUACGGAUAAGAAAUUGACAAACAAAAGUUGUCUCCCUUAUGGAUGCCCUGCUUGUCCGGUGAUUAAUUGGAUCGUUUUACAUCCAUGAUUGUCACGCCUUUCCCGCAAUCAUUGACACGUCCUUUGGCUCACAACCCCAAC